UGCCAAAAAAAAAAUUGCGAGAGAGAUGGGGGCGGGAGGAAAAGGAAAGUUGGAGAUAGUUGCCUGCUUCCCGUUCGGCUUCUCUCCACACCACAGCGUUAUGAGAAUGCAUCCUCUGAACUAUUAGAGGGUUGUGAACUUUGUUAGUGAAGUGAAAUGCUUUUUUAAUUUUUUAUUUUUUUUAUUGUCGAAGAUUCGAUCUGUGAUCCGUCAAAGAAGGUUAUCGAUCAUUUUCUCGAGCAGCCAAACAAGAUCCUCAUCCUUUCUACACUUUCUCCUUGCCAAUUCCAGAUUCCGUCUUCCUCUUCUCAUUUUCUUCUCCGAAACACCUGCAACCUUAAAGAAAGCUGCGAUCUGCACUUCUUUCCAGGAAUGAAUUACAGAAGGGUUCAAAAACAACAAAAAAUGUUGUUGAUUUGUUGCCAAGCAGAGGGGUUCAACCAUUAGAGAAAAUUGCUUAAUGAUGGUCAUAAUAGUGUUUAAUCAACUAAUUUUUCAGUAGUUAAGUUCUUGCACUUUCAUCUUUGUUUUCAUCCUUUCAAAUAGAUGGUUGUUCUAAUGAAGAAACUAAUUAAAAUGUCUUGUUUUUCACUUCUUUGUAUGUUGUUUUAGUGGUUAAAUUUCUUGUGCUUAUUUCUCUUUUUCUUAAUUCCUAUUAGUUAUAUGAAAUUAUUCAUUUUAGAACUUCGAUGAAAAGGAGGGUUAAAAAAGUUUUGGUUCUCACUUCUCACUGCUUCUCUUACUGUUUAGUUGUACAUGUUUUCAUGUCACUGGCUGGUUGCCUUCAAACUGCUUUGCUCUCUCUCUGUUUUUUUUGGGUAGUCUGUUGCCAUCUAGUAUAGGUGAAGUGGAAAUACGCUGUGUGCCAUGCAAAGACUACAGGUUAUGGAUACUAAAUACCAUAUAGAAGUUAGUACAUUUGCUUCAAGCUUAACAAGCCAGAGUUGCUUUGAGACUCUUAGAACGACCUUGUGUCUUGGUUGCAGUACAAUCUAUUUUUUCUCGGUCAAGUCUUAUUUACCCAGUCAAUCUUCUUAUAUCAGAGAUAGUCGAUCUUCCAGAUCAUCCCUUUUCGAUGGAUAUGAUGGUCUUGAGGAAGGUGGUAUAAGGGCUUCUUCAUCAUACUCAAAUAAUAUGAAUGAGCAUGAUAAUGACAAAGUCAUAGAGAGUUUGCAGGACAGGGUUGUUUUCCUUAAGAGAUUAACUGGGGAUAUACAUGACGAGGUGGAGAGUCAUAACCGUUUACUCGAUCAGAUGGGUGACGGCAUGGAUGGAUCAAGGGGUAUGAUGUUGGGAACCAUGGAUCGGUUCAAAAAGGUUUUUGAGAAGAAAUCAACAAGGAAAACGUGCUCCCUUGUGGCAUAUUUCACAGUUGCCUUCAUAUUUAUAUACUACCUCAUCAGGUAA